AUGAUCGGCCUCAAGAAUAUCAUCAUCUCUAGCAUCCUUGCUGUCGCUGCACUAGCCGCGCCCACUGUUCUUCACCAGGGAUCCUCAAAUCCAUCCCUCGUUCGUCGCAAGAACACGGAUAAAUGUGAAGCGCACAUUCAAGUUAGCAGGUCCGGACUCUGUCUCUACUCUUGCCCAACCACGUACAAUAUUGACCUUCUCGACAACUCUGUACCUGCUCAGCCCAUGGGCAAAGACUGGAACUGGGCAAAUGUUGGCACAUGGUCAGCAAUAGACCCCAACUACCAGAUCAAGAUAGGAACCACCAAAGGCCCUGAGUUGUGGAUCGACGGCAAGAUUCCUAGUGGUGCGGGUGGGCUUAACAACCUAUGGAGGGGCACCUUCACUCUACACUAUGGCUCGCAGCAAUGGAACUCGUAUAAGUGCGAGAAUUGGAAGUACACUGGCCCGGGGUUGAGCAGUGAUUGGCGUGAUGAGUUUGAUCUGUGGUGUGAAUUUGACUGCUAG